AAAUGUAUUAUAUAUACAUAAAAUAUCUUAAAAUGUGUAUUAUGUGCAUAUAUAAACCAGAAAUCACUCGGAAUUCAGAAAUCUAUCAGCUUUGAGAGCAGCAGUUGUAGUCGUGUUUGCAGUGUAGUGCGGUACAGCAGUGUCCGUAAUGGCUCUAUACGAAUUUCACUACCAAUAAUCAAAGUUUAAAAGAUGAGCUCUUCAUAGAAUAACAUUUAGUGUCUUAUUGAUUAUUGUUGCACAAUUCAGUGGAUUGUGAUCGCGCGAAUCAACGCUUCAAUAUCUUGUCAGAUUAUUGAGAAUAGCUUUUACAAAUACUGGAUUAAUUUAAGACGAAUAAUAUUAAAAAAAGUUGGUGCAACUAUAAAAUGUUACAGGAUUAUCAAAUUAAACAGGAUCAAACGCGACAAAUGCGUUUCACACGCUCUAAAUUUAGACGUAUUAACUCAUUGGACUUAAUUCCAGAAGACCCAAGUCAAGAGAGUCUAGCCGAAACAAGUGAUAUGGACUCCAACGCAAUUAACAAAGAUGACAGACGACAAUUAAUUGCACAAAAAUCCACACUAUCCAUAUCAAAUGGCAUGCGAAAGGUACUACUUUUUUGGCCAAAUUUGCUACUUAACAUGAUAAUGGUUCUGGUUCGUUUUAUACUCUACAUUCCUUUGUCCAUAGCAGCACCAAGUUUUUGGCUUUCAGCACUACUGUGGAUAUUUUUAAAAUUGGUACGUAUACCCAUUGGGUUAGUGAAAUGGAUUAUAAAUUCUGACGCAGUCUCUGUACAAAAUGCAUCAUCAAAUAAUAAACGUACAAUUCUCAUCAGUUGUGGUAGUACAAUUCAAACAUUGCACUUGGCACGAAAUUUUUACUCAUCAGGUGCUCGUGUUGUUGUAUUUGAGUUCGAUGGUUUAUUUGGACUCGCGCGUUUUUCAACAGCAGUGGAUAAAUUUUAUGUGGUACCUAGACCAUCAUUAAAUAAUGUUGACAGUUACAUAGCUGCAUUAUGUCACAUUAUUAAAAAAGAGAAGCCCACUGUAUAUAUACCUGUUUGUGCCACCAGUCCUGCUUAUUAUGAUGCAUUGGCAAAACCGCAUAUGGAGCUGUUAGGAUGUGCUAGUUUUAUACCUGGACUUGCAGAAACAACUGUAUUGGAUGACUGUUUACAAUUAUAUCAAAAAUGUGAAGCACAAAGUAUACCGCUACCUCCACAUUCACUGUUGUCGUCAAGCAACGAUCUCUGGAAUAUGUACGACAGUGGCUUCAUCAGUAAUUUCCGAAAUAUAUUGGUAGCAGUUGGUGUGCAGGGACUAAUCGAACGUUAUAAAUAUAUUUUACCCAACAGCCGACGUGAUUUCAAAUUUAAUCACGAUAUCAGUGAGCGUAAUCAGUGGUUGUUAGUCAGAGAUUUACCUGGUGAACAUUAUAUAACUUGUACCACAGUAAAGGAUUCUCGAGUAGUAGCGAAUGUCACAUGUAGAGUAGAUCACGAUACUAAAAAUCUACUACCUGUGGGAAAAAUGGAAAGUACCAAUUCAGAAAUAUCGGAAGAGAAUCAAAUUGAUAAAUGGUUAAAAAACUUUUUUGCAAAAAUACGUUUUCAACGUAGCAUUAACGGACAUAUUAGUUUUCGUUUGAUUAAAUGUCAAGGCACGGAAGAGUUUUUACCUUUCGGCGUACGUGUUGGAGUGUCGCUUCCUUACAUCUGCUAUAAUCGAUCGCAUGCACAAAUCCUUUGUCGGACUAUGAAGUGUGUACAUAGAAAGCAAUUCAAUUUGGCUAAUAAUAACCAAGAUGAAUCCACGCUUGCAACAUUUGGUGCGAGCUGGCGUUGGUCCGCUAUUGAAAGACACAGUGCAUUGGCUGCAUUGGAUAAGCGUGAAGCACUAUUUGCGUACUGGGAUCCUUUACCGUAUUGCGCAUACUAUCACUUUCAGCUGCCAUUAGAAUCAGUGAAGAUGUUUCUACAAAGAAGACGGCGUUCAACAAAAAAAUUAUCUCCACGCAUUAUGCCAGUUCAUUGAACUGAUAUUAUUGGAAUUCAACAAUAAACAUGAUAAGUGGAAUCAAGCAUUAGUACUGUUUGUGUGUUAGCUAUAUAGCAACAGAGAAUUAUGGAAAGCAGUAAUUCAAAACAUUUUUAAAAAUAUGUAUAUAUUCAAUUUAUUAAAUAGUCACAAGAAGGGGAAGUAGAAGACGAAGUGUGAGUGUGAGAGAGAUGAAACAGACUGAUAAACAACAAUGAUCGCUUUAACAGCAACAUCAAGAAUUUUAAAUAUUUAAAAUAUAUAUAAAAUUGUAUUGUUAUACU